UCUCUUAGCUGGGCUAGUUAGUGACAAUUAGUGCUCCAUUGUAAAUAUUCGAUUCUUAGCAAAUAGUUCAACAUUCAUUUUGCCUCACUGACAAUAUUACAUCCCGAAAUGUGUGAUUAUCAUCUCGUAGGCUGUGUCACAGUUAGUAAGACCACACCCACUUCUGGAGCUAUAGAGCGCGCUAUUCAUUGCUUACACAUUUAGCUGAUUUGUUAUUGUUAACACGAAACGGACACCGAAUUGUGAGACGAGAUGGAUGGAUUGCCAUAAUAUUUAUCCUUCACUCCAUUCGUAAAAUUCCUUGAGAAUGGCCAAGAUGCUGAGUUAUAAUUCAUGAAAUUAAGAGGCAGGAAUAUAUCUCCAUUGACAGUCAUCUACUCUUAUCCUAUUUAUGGAUCAUCUUCGAAGGUUGUGAUCACAUCACUCCUAUCCUGUGUAUUUAAAAGAUCAUAUCAAGACUGAAGAACAAAACAAAAAUAGUAUGCCUGUGAAAGCAUUGCUAUUAUUGUAGGCUGAAAGUACUCCUGUUGCCUGAUAAGACAAUGUGAUGACAAGGAAAAAGAAUUAGACAAUCACAAUGAUGCUGAUGACAAGUAAAGAACUGAUCCCCCAGCUUCAGACAUUACUUGCCUUCUCUCUGAUGAUGGAUGUCAUCAAGACAUCGUAUGGAAUGCCUCAGUCUCCAGUUUGGAGAAACAUAUUACUGAAGGAUAGUUAUCACCAGCAAGCCUCAUUCCCUCAAUCAGGUGCAGCUAACUGGCUAGACUCCACUGCAGAGCUGGUCUGGCUGUUUGGAGGACAAGCUACGCUGAACAACAAGACGUCUACCCUGGAUCAUCUCUGGAGAUUAGAUCUUCAGACCAUGAACUGGACCCAAAUCCAACAUAAUAAAGAAAAUGGCCUGCAGGGAGACAUCGUGCAGUUUUGUGCUCUCAGGGGAAAUUCCUUGCUCUUGCUGGAGGAAUUCUCACGUCAGGCUCUUUAAGCCAGAAUAUUUGGAGAUAUGAUACAGAUGCAGGGACUUGGGAAAUGGAAGUGGGGUAUGAAAGCUUGCUAGGUAAUGUUACAAGAUUCUGGUGCUCAGGACAGGACCUUUUUGGUCUUGUCCAGGCGAAGUCUGAUACAACAUUGUUGCAGUAUCAUUGGGACCAUAAGAGUUGGACAAAGAUUCCAACCAGGGUUGGCACAAAGAAAGCCCAGUCAGAGCUUGUACCAGACUUGAGGAAUGUUUCAAUCUAUCCAUUGUGGCCUUCAGAGAGAGGGUUUAUCAUUCUCUAUGCACCUGCUGAUCA